AGCUAUAAACCUGUAUUGUUGUUUUUGGUGGAUUCAACAUUCUGACGUCUUUCACUUUACCAGUAUGCUAACGUUAGCAUGAGAAGGAAGCAAUGGAGAGAUCCAGGUAGUCUAGUUAUGGAACAGUGGGUUUGCUAGCAAGUAAAGAAUCUAACAUUUAUCAACAGUAUAUGAGACGUAGUCGACAAACUUUGAGACUCUUUCAUUUGUCAUGACACAUAAUAGUGAAAUAUUUAAGAACUUCUAAUUGUUCCCUUUGGAUUGGAAUACAUCAAAGACAUCAAAACAUAGGCAGCUUCCCACAAGUUACAUUAUAUUACAGGAGAACGCAACACAUUUCCCAAGAUAAAUAGUUUUCGUAUGUACUUUUUCUUACCGUUUUUAUCUAGGCAGACUACAAACAGUUAUAAGUUGUGAAUUUAAAAAAAUAUAUUUAUAUAAAGGACACAAUGAUAGCCAAGGGCGUAACCAUGGUAUGGACGUUGGGGGGGGGGCCCCCCCAAACAUCCAAAGUUUGAUACUGAAAAUUUGCAUAUUUAGAACAUAGUUUUAGGAUUACAGUUACCGUUUGAAUUCACGUGAUUUCUGAGUGAUAGAAGCUCCCACAGCAUGGGGAAAUUGUGGCAGGCUGUGGAUGUCCAGUGGGCAGAUGUAUUCUUUGCUCCAUAACCUACCAUGAAACCUACCACACCAAGUAGAAGCGAGCUAAGAGAUGCUUCCAAGCAGUGCUGUGCUGCCUGCAUUGUGACCAGGGUUAAUGGACGAUGGUGUUCACCGCAGCGGAUUUUAUUCACCUGAAUUAGGUGAUGAUGAAGACUGCUCCUCUCAUGCCAGUUCUAGUGACUGGACGCCCCAGCCACGUAUUGGUUCUUACCGCUUUAUUCAGCAACAAAUAAUGAGGGAGACUGAUCCACGGACUAUUCUAAACGACCUGCUUCCAGAAGCUGCCAUACCACCUGAUCUUGAUGACAUGACACUAUGGCAGAUUGUUAUAAACAUCUCGGAGCCUCCAAAGAGGAAGAAACGCAAAGAUAUUAAUACCAUAGAGGAUGUCAUCAGACUGCUUAACGAUUGCAAAAAGAUUCUUGUCCUGACUGGUGCUGGGGUUUCUGUUUCCUGUGGAAUACCUGAUUUUAGGUCUAGAGAUGGGAUUUAUGCUCGACUUGCUGUAGAUUUUCCAGACCUUCCAGAUCCUCAAGCAAUGUUUGAUAUAGAGUACUUCCAAAGAGAUCCAAGGCCAUUUUUUAAAUUUGCAAAGGAAAUAUACCCUGGACAGUUUCGGCCAUCACUUUGUCACAGAUUUAUUGCUAUGCUGGAUAAGAAAGAGAAAAUUCUCAGGAACUACACUCAGAACAUUGACACUUUGGAGCAGGUUGCGGGAGUCCAAAGGGUCAUGCAAUGUCAUGGUUCCUUUGCAACUGCAUCCUGCCUUGUGUGUAAACACAAAGUUGAUUGUGAUGCCAUAAGGGAAGAUAUAUUCAGACAGGUUGUUCCCCAUUGUCCAAGGUGCUCUAAUAUCCCUUUUGCUAUUAUGAAACCAGACAUCGUCUUCUUUGGAGAGAACCUUCCAGAAGCUUUUCAUAGAGCCAUGAAGCAGGACAAGGAUGAGGUGGAUCUCCUCAUUGUUAUUGGAUCCUCUUUGAAAGUGCGACCAGUGGCUCUUAUCCCAAGCUCUGUUCCACCUGAAGUGCCUCAAGUUUUGAUCAACCGUGAGCCCCUGCUUCACUUGAACUUUGAUGUAGAAUUGCUAGGAGACUGUGAUGUCAUCGUCAACGAAUUAUGUCAUCGACUUGGUGGUGACUUUGAGCAGCUUUGCUACAACUCUUCUCGAUUAAGUGAGAUCACAGACACACCUCCUCCUCUGUCAACUACGUUACCUGGACAGGCGUGUGCUAAAGUCCGAACACCUGAAGUUCAAAAUACAGGACAGUUUUUCACAGAACAAGAUGAGAGCGUUGCAGAAACAUCAGAUACAGUAACAGUUAUAGACUCUUGUCCGAAUGCACAGUUCUCAAUUGAUGGGGGUUUGAACACAUCUUGUACAGCCGAGGAAGCAAGAUCCUCUCCAGAGCUAGAAAACAGAUCAAGCUCACCUAAACCUUCAACACAAGAAAAUGACGGGUGUCCUAAUGCACAGCCAAGCCCAUGCCGAGACCGCUCAAAUCAAAAUGCACCAGUGGAGGCUGUUGGACACCGUCUAAAUACACAACAAGAAAGAGAGGAGAUGCUGGAUAUGCAAACUGGAGAGAAGCACACAAAUCAAAGUAAUGACGUUCACAAACAAUGCUGGUUGAAACAAAUCUGUCGAAAUCCAAUCAGUAAUCGCCUUGGAACCUCCCAAUACUUAUUUCAGGUUCCAAAUCGUUACAUUUUCCAUGGGGCUGAAGUAUACUCCUGCUCAGAAGAUGAGACCUCCAGUUCCUCUGACAAUGAGGGCUCCUGCUGCAGUGGCAGUGGUUUAGAGGAACAAGAAAGUUAUGCAGAGGGGGAAUACACACCUGGAGACUGUCCAAGCCCUGGGGAGUUUGGUGUUGGAGAGACCGUGGAUGAAAAUAAAUGCAUGUCAAGCAUUCACACAGACAGUAUAAAAGGGAACCUCAACAUGAUGACAGACCUUUAAAAUGUGGUGUCCCUGCUUCUCUAGAAGUACUAUGUAUGUCUUGUGUUUAUUCUGUUUGAGACUGUAUAUUUUUGUACUCUUCUCCCCCCCCAGUCCCACCCUUGUACUGUUACAGCGUGUUCCAAGUCUAUUUGGACAGGGAAGUCACAAUAGUGUUUUUUAUUGUUUAUUCAGUUUUGAUUAGAAAUGAAAGGUUGAUUUAUUGAAAAUAACGGUGACUUUUAUAUUUGGGUAUUUCAAUAUUUUAUAUGUGCUUCAUUAUUUUCGUUGUAUAGCUCUUGUGUCCAGUCCACCAUUUGAUGAGCAUAUGUUUUGGAUAAAUUAAGUUGAUCUCAAUUCA